ACACUUCGUCAAGUCAACGGCUUCCAAACACCCAAGAGGCCAAGAGGAGCAAUCUCCUUCCCUCCUCAGCAUCCAAAUCCAAUACCACGAACACCCAGCCGCGCCAUCGGCGAUGGGGAAGGUCGGCGACUGCUGGGAUGACUGCUGCUACAAGUGGGACGAGUGGAAGUACUGCCUGGUCUGCAUCGCCAUCGUCGUUGGCGUCGUCCUCUUCGCCGUCCUCCUCGCCGCCUACGGCUUCGUCCGCCACAUCGAUGUCGCCGUCGAGGAGGCCUCGCUGACCCGGUUCGACCUGGCCACCUCCCCGGUGACGGCGCUCGCCUACAACCUCUCUCUGAGGCUCACCAUCCGCAACCCGAACUGGGCCAUGAGCCUCAAGAACACCAAGCCGCUGGAGGCCGCGUACAAGUUCGACGACCAGCGGUUCGACCGCGUGCAGCUCACCGACAAGGGCGACAAGCACUCGCCGGGGAAGACCCGGGUGUAUCACCUCGCCACGAGCUCGAACGGCAGCUACGUUUCGCUGGGGAACGCCGGCGAGGCCAAGUACAGGAAGGAGAACGCGACGGGGACGUUCGAGGUGGAGGUGGUGCUGACUGGGGAGGUGAGGUACACGGCGCGCUACACCAAGUGCAAGAUCGAGGCGACGUGCCCUCUCAAGCUGCAGCUGGCGCCCCCGGGCACGCCGGCGGUCGUGUUCCUGAAGGUCAAGUGCAAGCUCGCAGAGCCGGAGAAGAACUGCUAGCUAGUGCCGUGUGCCGACCGCCCAGCCCAGCUGGCGACGACGGUGGCCGUGGUUUGCCUGGUUUGUGCGCGUUUGUUUGAGUGGCCAUGAUUUGUUUCUUUGCUUUUUGUGUGCAUUUCAGUAUUCGCAAUGCUAUGUUAGGAUUCCCUAUCUUACAACGUUUGCAACUGAUGGGCAAUGGGAUUGAUUUCAAGUAA